UUUUUUUGAAGAAGCUUUGCUACAAUCAGCGACCACUUCCCCCCAGCGCCAACCAAUGCAAUGUUCAUUAUGCGCUACCAUAUUCGCCACUGUUAACGCUUCCGAUGCCAUUCUACGAUAGACGACAACCCUGAGCAUUCCCCACGAAGGAACAUUCUGCCCGCCUGCAAUGCCUACAUUGGCAACGCGGCGUCCGUCGCUGUGUCUAUUCUGUCAACACAUCUUCAAGUCCACUCCUCGACCCCGGCAUCCUCUACCGCAUACCCCUUCCGCAUACUUUUCUGGACGACAUGUGAAGGAAAGAUUUGAAAGGAGGUCACCGGGAAAACCAGCGAAGCCUCGAGACCUCUCUAAGUUUGGCCAAUGGAGUUUCAAUCCACUCAGAAAACCUCAAAAGGACCCUAUCACCCUUGCCCAGCAGGCAUUGUCCUCCAUCAGAAAGGAAUUCGAGCACGCCGAUUAUCUCGAUAGCCUCAACCUUACCCACGAUCAAUUUUUAGAGCAAUGGAACAAAUUCAUCCGUUACGUUCAAGUUUGGAUAAAGAGGGACGCACCGGAGCUUGGGGGUGGACCAUCUGCGGCUUCUGAACGAAUACUCCAGGCCAAGUUAAAGCAAUUAUUCUUCGCGCAAGUCUACGGAGGUCGAUUUACAAAGGCUGAGCUAGAGAAUCAGAAGGGUCUGGCAAACUUACGCUAUCCUGCUGAAUGGUAUCCCGCGACCAGAGAGAUUUCGCGUACGGUGCAUUUACAUGUGGGUCCGACUAAUUCUGGAAAGACGUACCACGCUCUUAAGCGUCUCGAAGAAUCGAAGCGGGGGAUAUAUCUGGGACCAUUGCGUCUCUUGGCGCACGAAGUUUACACACGUUUGAAUGCAAAGGGGAAGCCAUGUGCGCUUAUCACUGGUGAGGAGCAGCGGAUACCUAGUGAAGACGUAACCAUGUGGAGUUGCACAGUAGAGAUGGCUCCGCUGAAUACCGAGCUAGAAAUAGCUGUCAUAGACGAGAUCCAGAUGAUCAAUCACCAGGAAAGAGGAUGGGCGUGGACGCAAGCGUUCCUUGGGGUCCAGGCCAAAGAACUCCACCUGUGUGGUGAAGCACGUACCGUGCCACUGAUCAAGCAGCUAUGCGCCAUUACUGGGGAUAAAGUUGUAGUACACAACUACGAGCGACUCAGCCCUUUGAGAGUUGCAAAUAGAAGCUUGAAGGGGAAACUUAAUUCUCUGGAAAAGGGCGACUGCAUCGUCACCUUCUCAGUUCUGGGCAUCCAUGCACUGAGACGCCAAAUUGAAGGGAAAACCGGGAAAAAGUGUGCAAUUGUUUAUGGCAGCCUACCUCCCGAGACACGAGCCCAGCAAGCCCGGUUGUUUAAUGACCCGGAUAAUGAGUAUGACUUUCUGGUCGCAAGCGACGCUGUGGGCAUGGGCUUGAACCUGAGCAUUAAACGCGUCAUCUUUGAAACAACUGUAAAGAACGACGGGCAAAACUACAAGUCAUUAGACAUAUCAGAUGUGAAGCAGAUAGCUGGUAGGGCCGGUCGCUAUAGGAGCGCUCACCAAGCCAUCACACAGGAUAGCAAAGAUGCCGCAUCGCAAGCUGUUGCUAAUCCUAACAUCGGCCUCGAUGACGCGAAGCCGACUGAAAAGCCACCGGGUCCACCAAAAGAAGAGACUGUGGGUUAUGCCACGACGCUUGAAGACGUAGACUUUCAGUAUCUGAAAACAACCAUGGAGCGCGAUCCUCCUAUCAUCCGGACUGCAGGCCUUUUCCCGCCAUCCGUCGUUGUGGAGAGAUUCGCCAAUUACUUCCCACCCGGCACUCCGUUCAGCUAUAUCAUGCUGCGUUUACACGAGAUCUCGAAUACCACUGGUCGAUUUCAUCUGUGCACGCUUAAAGACCAACUCGCGAUUGCAGACGUAAUACAUCCAAUAAGAGGACUGACGAUCCAAGACCGCAUUCUGCUGUGUGCAGCUCCGACAAAUGCCCGCGACGCAAAUGAAAAGGAGUUUCUACAGGAACUCGCACGGUGCAUCGCUGACAAGAAGACCGGAGACCUUCUUGAGCUACCCAUCCCGCUCGAACUCUUAGACGAGAAACCUUCGGGAGGGAGGCCGUUCCUUUUCCGCCUGGAACAACUCCACAAGAUGCUGGUCCUGUAUCUGUGGGUCAGCUACAGAUUCCCUAAUGUGUUCACAACAAGGGCACUUGCCAAUCACACAAAGCAGCUGGUGGAAGAUGCUAUCGAGCAUGUAUUGAGCGAAUUCAAUUUCACCGAAGCCUCACGUGUCAAGCUGGCCAAACAGCGACAAAGAGCUGUCAAGCGAGGGCUGGAGUACGGGAAACGCGAGGGACUCGAGGAUAUUGGAUCGUCCGGAGAGGAACAGCUGCACAUAGACAGCGUCAAACCGAAAACCUUUCAAAUUCGACGGGUCAGCAGUAAUUAGUACUGCCAUGGACCCCAAAUGGACGAUGGUAGAUAUAGGUUUGGACCCAGACACAAGAUCUUUUAUUUCAAGAUAAAUGUAUUAGAUAAAUGUACAACAUUAUAGCUAAAUGUAAGCAGAGCACUUACAUCGGGCAUGCAUAUACUUGCAGGGUAUAUAGC